UAGGCUGGAGUCAGCCCGCAUUGAUUUACUUAUGCUGCAUUUAUUUUCAUUCAUAAGCCUUCGCUAGCCGGGAUCUCUCGGAUAGUGACUCGCUGCGGCGCUCCGGCGUGGGAGGAAGCAGCAAAACGUGCCUUUAUGCACAAGGACGUGCUAUACAUGUAUGACUCAAUUAAAUGUGCGAGCCUGACCUAAACCCGGGGCUCGCUCCGGGAACCCGCCGCUCCCGCUCCUCGGCGAUGCUGCCUCGGCGGGGACCGCUGCUCUCCUCCCUCCGCCUGCCUGCGCCCUCGGUGCGGCGCCGCGGCCGGGAUGCUCCGCGCUCCCAGCAGUGCAAGGGCUGAGCUCCGGCCAUCCUUCGCCUCUCCGGGCUGUGUGACAGACAGCUGCUUGUCACGCAGCGGUGCCCUGCCUGAAUUGGCCGGGUCUCCGGUGGGUGUGCACGGCCCCCACCCCCCGCCCCUGCCAGCCCUGCCGAGCCCUCCCUGGCUCAGCCCCCGGCAAUGUGCAGCGCUCUCUUCUCGCCUUCCUGGAAGGGCUCAACUACACUUUCCGCUCCUCCAGACUUUCUCUGCUUUUGCCGUACAGAGGCACCCUCCCUCUGGUCCAGCUCCUCCUGUGCCUGCCUCUCUGUCUCCGCGCUAUCCCGUUAAAAGGCUGCUGCUCCUGCUCCACUGAUCCAAUGCACUGGCUGACUUGAUCUGGGAUGAAGGCUGGAGGUUAUCGGCGCGGGAAAGGAGAAGAACUCUAGGCAGCUUUCCAUUUGCGAAGUGAGCAGUAAUUGCAAGAAGACAGCCUCCCCAGUUGGAAUCAAUAGUCUGCUUUCUUGCUGCUAAGGGCACUUUGGAGCAGCAGUAGGUCACUGAAGUAACUUCAGCACACUGCUGACUGCGGAGUUGUAAAGAACUACAUGCAAGUGGCUGCAGUAGUGCUGGAAAACGCUUUGCUGUUACCAGGGACACAAUAGUUUUCAAGUCACUAGAGCUUUGCUUCUGGUCCGCUCCUUCCAUUACACAGGGUCAUCCUUUGGAGGGAUGAGGAUGGAGCUGUGAUUGUUCUCCAGUGUUGUUCUAGUGGAGGGGGCAAGAGUGGGGAAAGAGGCUGUAGAAGCAAAACCCUACUGCUGCUGAACUCAGGUUCACUCGAAUUUCCCCAAAUCUUUCCAGGCACAGAGAGGCACAAUGGCAGAAAAUCUGAAUCUUCUUCGGGCUUUUGGGGGGGUUUUCUUUAUCUUCUGGACAGCUUUUAACACAGCCUUAGUGGAUGUGGUUGGAUCGGAGCAGCAGAUCCCCUUGUCUGUUGUAAAGCUCUGGGCCUCAGCAUUUGGUGGAGAGAUCAAAUCUAUUGCAGCCAAAUACUCAGGUUCCCAGCUCCUGCAGAAGAAAUACAAAGAAUAUGAGAAGGAUGUUGCAAUAGAAGAAAUUGAUGGCCUCCAGCUUGUGAAAAAGUUAGCAAAGAAUAUGGAAGAAAUGUUUCAUAAGAAGUCUGAAGCUGUACGGCGUCUUGUUGAAGCUGCAGAAGAUGCUUACCUGAAACACGAAUUUGAUGCUGACUUACAGUACGAAUACUUCAAUGCUGUGCUCAUAAAUGAACGAGAUGAAGAAGGAAACUACCUGGAGCUGGGGAAGGAGUUCAUUCUGGUGCCAAAUGACCACUUCAAUAACUUGCCUGUGAACAUCAGUCUGAGUGAUGUCCAAGUACCAACCAACAUGUACAACAAGGACCCGGCCAUUGUAAAUGGAGUUUAUUGGUCAGAAUCUUUAAAUAAGGUGUUUGUUGACAAUUUUGAUCGUGACCCUUCUCUCAUCUGGCAGUACUUUGGAAGUGCAAAAGGAUUUUUCAGGCAAUAUCCAGGAAUUAAAUGGGAACCUGAUGAGAAUGGAGUCAUUGCAUUUGACUGCAGAAACAGAAAAUGGUACAUCCAGGCAGCAACUUCUCCAAAAGAUGUGGUAAUUUUAGUGGAUGUCAGUGGCAGUAUGAAAGGGCUUCGCUUGACUAUUGCAAAACAGACAGUUUCAUCAAUUUUGGAUACCCUUGGAGAUGAUGACUUCUUCAAUAUAAUUGCUUAUAAUGAAGAACUCCACUAUGUAGAGCCGUGUUUGAAUGGAACAUUAGUUCAAGCAGACAGAGCCAACAAAGAGCAUUUCAGGGAACACCUUGACAAACUUUUUGCAAAAGGAAUUGGAAUGCUGGACAUUGCUUUAAAUGAAGCUUUCAACAUGCUCAAUGAAUUCAAUCACACAGGACAAGGAAGCAUUUGCAGCCAAGCCAUAAUGUUGAUCACUGAUGGGGCUGUGGACACAUAUGAUACAAUAUUUGCAAAAUAUAAUUGGCCAGACAGAAAAGUUCGUAUUUUUACCUAUCUGAUUGGAAGAGAAGCAGCAUUUGCUGAUAACCUGAAGUGGAUGGCCUGUGCUAACAAAGGGUUUUUUACUCAGAUCUCUACCUUAGCUGAUGUGCAAGAGAAUGUUAUGGAAUAUCUUCAUGUUCUCAGCCGACCAAAGGUUAUUGACCAAGAACAUGAUGUGGUGUGGACUGAAGCAUACAUUGACAGCACUCUCCCUCAGGCUCAAAAGCUUGCUGAUGAUCAGGGAUUGGUGUUGAUGACAACUGUUGCCAUGCCAGUAUUUAGUAAGCAAAAUGAGACUAGGUCUAAAGGGAUUCUUCUGGGAGUAGUUGGCACAGAUGUUCCAGUUAAAGAGCUUUUAAAAACCAUUCCAAAAUACAAGUUAGGUAUUCAUGGAUAUGCUUUUGCAAUUACAAACAAUGGAUAUAUUUUGACUCAUCCAGAACUUAGGCCUUUGUAUGAAGAGGGGAAGAAGCGAAGAAAGCCCAACUACAGUAGUGUGGAUCUUUCUGAGGUUGAGUGGGAAGACAGAGAUGAUGUGCUCCGAAAUGCAAUGGUGAAUCGAAAAACAGGGAAAUUCUCCAUGGAAGUGAAGAAGACAGUGGACAAAGGGAAGCGGGUAUUGGUGAUGACAAAUGACUACUAUUAUACAGACAUCAAGGGGACUCCAUUCAGUUUAGGUGUGGCUCUCUCUAGAGGACAUGGAAAAUAUUUCUUCAGAGGGAACGUAACUGUAGAAGAAGGUUUACAUGAUUUAGAGCACCCUGAUGUAUCUUUAGCAGAUGAAUGGUCCUAUUGCAACACUGACUUACAUCCUGAGCACCGUCAAAUGACUCAGUUAGAAGCCAUUAAACGCUACCUCACGGGAAAAGAGCCAUUGCUGCAAUGUGAUAAAGAAUUGAUCCAGGAAGUUCUGUUUGAUGCAGUUGUGAGUGCACCAAUUGAAGCUUAUUGGACCAGCCUAGCAUUGAAUAAAUCAGAAAACUCUGACAAAGGAGUGGAAGUUGCCUUCCUUGGAACACGGACUGGACUAUCUCGUAUCAACCUGUUUGUGGGUCCAGAGCAGCUCACUAACCAAGACUUCCUGACAGCUGAAGAUAAGGAGAACAUUUUUAAUGCUGACCAUUUUCCACUCUGGUACAGAAGAGCUGCUGAGCAAAUACCUGGGAGCUUUGUGUAUUCAAUCCCAUUCAGCACAGAAACUGCAAACAAGAGCAAUGUAGUGACAGCCAGUACUGCUAUUCAGCUUCUGGAUGACAGGAAAUCUCCAGUGGUUGCAGCUGUAGGUAUCCAGAUGAAACUUGAAUUUUUCCAGCGGAAAUUUUGGACUGCAAGCAGACAGUGUGCAUCUCUCGAUGGCAGAUGUGCUAUAAGUUGUGAUGAUGAAACAAUCAACUGUUACCUAAUAGAUAACAAUGGAUUUAUUUUAGUGUCUGAAGACUAUAGACAGACUGGUUACUUUUUUGGGGAAGUUGAAGGGGCUGUGAUGAACAAGUUACUAACAAUGGGCUCCUUUAAGAGAAUUACACUUUAUGACUACCAGGCCAUGUGUAGAACAAACAAAGAGAGUAGCGACAGUGCCCAUAGCUUGCUGGACCCUUAUAAUGCCUUCUUUGCUGCAGUAAAAUGGAUUAUGACUGAACUUGUCUUGUUCCUUGUGGAAUUCAAUCUAUGCAGUUGGUGGCACUCUGAUCUAACAGCAAAAGCGCAGAGGUUGAAACAAACCCUAGAGCCCUGUGACACUGAAUAUCCAGCUUUUGUUUCCGAACGCACUAUAAAGGAGACCACGGGGAAUAUUGCUUGCGAUGACUGUUUCAAGUCUUUUGUUAUCCAGCAAAUCCCAAGCAGCAACCUCUUCAUGGUGGUAGUAGAUAAUGAAUGCUUCUGUGAUUCUGUCCCACCAAUUACCAUGGCACCUAUAGAAAUAAGGUAUAAUGAAUCCCUUAAAUGUGAACGUUUAAAAUCUCAGAAGAUAAGACGACGCCCAGAAUCUUGUCAUGGAUUUCACCCUGAAGAAAAUGCAAGGGAAUGUGGUGGUGUCUCAGGCCUUAGUGCUAAACCUUCUCUUGUUCUUCUUCCUCUGCUAUUGACAAUUUUCUCAAGGUGACAUUGACUGAUGUGUUCAAUUGGCAUGCUAAUCCAUGGAUAAACUGUGAACUGGGAAAUGGUGCAACAUAGAGGACAUGAAAUAUAGUCAGAGCAUCAGCAUUUCAUGAUUUUAAACUGUUGGUGAUAUAAAUUCCUAAAGAUAUGUUGAAAAAAGAUUUAUCUUUUUACUUUGCGAGUCAUGCAGAUGUGAAUUUGGCAUAUGGUAGUCAUGAUUCAUCAAAAAAGGACUUGGUAGAUAGAGGUGACCAUCGCUUUGUCCCAUUGAAAACAAUUUCAGACUGUGUAAUUUUUUCAAUAAAGUAUAUUAAAAUCACA